AGUCGUGACUGCUCCCUCCCCCCUCCCACUGGGUGUCACCUGGUAUAGCCUCUGGCCAAUCACAGCUAAAGACAGCAGAACACACUGACUGAAGGACACAGGACACAGAGUUUCCUCCCUCUGUCUGAGAGAAGCUGCUGCUGCUGCUGUCUCGACUCAUGAAACAGUGAGUGACUCGAAUCAUUCACACUUCCUGAUGAUUCCAGUCACUGUGUUGAGACAGAGAGUCAGUAGCCAUCUCUAGCUAACAGUCCAGACGUUUUACACAAGAGGAAUAGGAGACAAAUUUACAAGAGCGGUAUAAGCUGCAAAAUAUUACAAGCCAGAUGGUUUGGCGUACAUGUGAAGCUUGGGCAUUGGCAGACUCUUCGGAUGUUAAGAGGCUCUUCACCAAACAUCUAGCACAUACCAACUUGACAGUAGAUCGACAUCAUAGGGAAAAGACAUGACAGAAUAUGUCUUGGCUCAAGACUGGUCACCCAGCUUGGAUAUGUGUAAAUCGGUUGAGACACAAAGCAGUUCAAGGGAAGGACUACAAGACAGAAACUCUAUAGAGACUCUAGAAAAAUGACUUGCAGUACCUGCUAAGAGGUCCCUGUAAAUGUAAAACAGAACAACACAAGUUGACUGCAAAUGCAGAUCACCAUACUAUUGGCAUCAAGUAGAAUACAAUGGAUAGAUCAUCGGAACAAGAAGAGGACCGAAAAGAGUGGACUGUCCUCAAUGCGUCCCUGACCACACCGCUGAGGCAGGAGGACCAGGGCUCCACGGCGAUGUUGGUGGCCCACCCGACCCAUCUUGAAACACGGACCAAGGAGUCUAACUUGUGAGUCGGAUGGCUCGCAGUGAAACCCCGUCAAAAUGACGUCCACUUUUUGACCUGACUUCCAGGAUCUUUAGUUUCUUCUAUGGAGUAGAAGACACUGGGUCUUCACUAGGACACCUGGAGCACUUUGGCGCUAUUUGCAGUUUUACUGUACCAGCUGUGUACUUACAUGUGCAUGGCUUAAUAUUUGAGACAAGUGUAUGCUACUGGUAGGAUUAACCAGGAAGAUUUUGGUGUCGGCGAUAUUGUUAGUUGCGGUGAAUGUGAGAGACGGUACAGCCAAUUGUCAAAAUCAUGCUCUGUCCCAUGCUCAGUCUACCCCAUCUGGCACCCCUGUCUGUUUGCCCCUCACCUUUAGAAUGUAAGCUCUCAUGAGCAGGGCCCUAUUCCCUCAUGUGCUUAUCCUUUUCUUACUCUAAUAAUCCUCAACUGCUCAACUCCUGCAGUUUUUAGCCACCUUGAUAGUUAUCUCUGUGUCAUCUGCCGAUAUAGCUAUGUUUAUUUACACUGUACUUGUCCUAUCUGUCUUCAACUGUAAGUCACUGAUUUCCAGUUUUGAGUAUGUGCAUAUGUACUCUGUCAUUGGGUGCUGUGGAACCCUUGUGGCACCAUAUAAAUAAAGGAGAAUAGGGGUAAAUAGGUUUUUAAACACACUAAAUGAUCAGAGGAUCUAAAAUAGAAAAGCCAAUGGCAAGGUAAAACAAACCCUAAAAUGUAUUAAAUACAUAAACAGCAAAAGAGUGAAGGAGUAUAGGCACUUUAAAAGACAAGUUGGGCAUCCUAAUCAAAGACAGGAAUGACAUAGCAGAAAAAUAAAACCGAUCGGCAGCUUAAAGAUAAACUGAUAGUAUUUUAUCUGGAAGCUGUGCUCAUUUCAUGCAGACUGACAGUCUGCUACCACUUUGGGCAGAAAAUUGGCUCCUGAAAUGAAGGCAUGCUGCCACCUUUUUGGGGGAGCUAUGAAGCCAGGAUUUGUUGGAUCUGUGGAGGCUGGCUUGCACAAGUCCAUGGGUUAUGCAGCCAGCCAAUGGUGAUGCUGGUGAUCUGAUGCUGUGUCAUAGGAUGCAGCAUGGAUUACUAGAGUAAGCAGGAGGCAGCGCCAUAUUGGUGCUAUUGCAAGCAGCAGCGACGGCAACUCCAUUCUUAUCUGAAUCGGGCCCUCUGUUUCCUUCUCACUCCAGGUGAACUCCAAGUUUUGACCUCUCAUUAUUAGAGUGGCUCAGAACAGUUAUUUCAGCAUGCUAUGUAUACUUAUAUCCUUGGAUUUUGUACAGGACAUGGAAAAAACAAUGGAUUACUUUAAGAAACUUAAAGAAAUGGGACAGGCACACCAGACAGUGGCUAAUUAUAAGUCUCAACAAGUUUUAUAUGGCAGAGCAGCACCGAGACAAGUGGCAAAACCAGAUGUCAUGAAUUGCGUCCACACAUGGAAUAAAGUAAAGACCAAGAGAGCUGUCCAGAAAGGUGGAGUUAUUUGACUGCCAUGGAGAAUAUAAGUGCCAAAAAUCAGAAUUGGCUUUAUGCCUAAGUCCCAGUAGGAUGCCUUUGAUUUAGUCUUUCAAAAGAUCAACUACCUCUUCCAUUGAACCAUCCGUAAAAAAGAUGUCUCAUAGGAGAUAAUUUUGAAUAAGUAAGACUCAAGUCUCCCCUUCAUCCCCAGCACUCUGUAUCCUGUGUCAUCCUCUUUACUAGUUUCUACUUUAGGAAUUUAUCCUUUUAAUAUUUAAUUAAGAAUUGUGACUGAAAAGAUUUUUUUUUUCCUUUCAGUUAUGUCUAUUUCCAGAAAAUUGGGCCCAUGUUCUUCCCAAACUAUGCACAGGACAGUAUAUAGGCCCUCAUUCCGAGUUGUUCGCUCGGUAUUUUUCAUCGCAUCGCAAUGAAAAUACGCUUAGUACGCAUGCGCAAUGUUCGCACUGCGACUGCGCCAAGUAACUUUGCUAUGAAGAAAGUAAUUUUACUCACGGCUUUUUCAACGCUCCGGCGAUCGUAAUGUGAUUGACAGGAAAUGGGUGUUACUGGGCGGAAGCACGGCGUUUUAGGGGCGUGUGGCUGAAAACGCUACCGUUUCCGGAAAAAACGCAGGAGUGGCCGGAGAAACGGUGGGAGUGGUUGGGCGAACGCUGGGUGUGUUUGUGACGUCAACCAGGAACGACAAGCACUGAACUGAUCGCACAGGCAGAGUAAGUCUGAAGCUACUCUAAAACUGCUACGAGGUUUGUGAUCGCAAUAUUGCGAUUACUUCGGUCGCACUUUUAAGAAGCUAAGAUACACUCCCAGUAGGCGGCGGCUUAGCGUGUGUAACUCUGCUACAUUCGCAUUGCGACCGAUCAACUCGGAAUGAGGGCCAUAGUUAAUUUCAACAGGUGAAAUGUUUCCAAUGACUUGGCAAGAUUCCACCAAAGGUGGGUGAAGAGGACUUGUAUGUAACAGAACUACAGUAUAUUGAUUGAAUUUCAUAAAUGGGAGUGAGUUUAUCAUCUGGGAUAAGCAACUUAUUGUAUUCAUACUAGUUAGCAUUUCCCAUAUUUCAAUAUUUUCUAAAUUAAAUCUGACACCUGUGACAAGCCAGAAAAUGUUCUGUCAUGGAAACCUGUGUCAUCUUGGUAAACAGCUGAUGAUGAGGAUAUUUGGUAUGUGGGAAGCAAAGAAACCAACAUGGAAAGGUUUUAAAUUAUUCAAUCUGGUGACUGAAUCCUGUAUGGUAAACAACCAUUGCAUCUGAGGAACAAGCUCAGCAAUUGUCAAGGUAAAUACUAUAUAUUAGGUGGAAAUGCACUAGAAAUUUAAUAUAAUUAAAUAGAAUAAUACAAUCCAUAUUCCCUCCCACAUGUACACGCACACACUCAUGUUAGGGGUUUUUUUUUGGCGGGGGGGGGGGAAACCAAAUAACCUACCAGUAUAUUCUUGGUUUGUGGGAGGAAUCCGGAGUACCCGGAGGAAAACCAUGCAAGUACAGGGAGAAUAUACAAACUCCACACAAGCCCAUGUUGGGAAUGGAAGUUAUCAUUGGUAACAAAUUCUACAUUAUACAUCAAAAUAGACCAAUUCACUUUAUGAAUUUAUUUUUUCACACCUGUAGAGUAUUGUCUGUGUUUUGUACUGUGUUUUAUAGUCGUGCUCUUCAAUUUUCUUCAGGUGUUUUUUGUUUUUUAAAUUCUACAGGAAAUUUCCAGGCAAGGGCUCCAGAGAAGGCAAGUUGACCAAUGACUGGAUAUGGACAAGGAUAUCCUGAGAGAAACAUAUCAGCCAAUGCCUGCUCUAUCUCAGCUGCUGACUGCAUUUGCUAUUUGCUGGAGUAUAUCCCAUCCAGUUAUUUCACCAUAAGGAAUAUGGCCCAUAAUGAUUUCAGAACAUCCAAGUUGUGGACAACAGACCCAAAUGGAAGCUAUCAUUGGAAAUUUCCAGGCGAGGGAUCCAGAGAAGGCAAGUUGUCGACACCCAAACAAUCAUUGGUCAAGGAUAUCCUGAGAAUGAGGAACAUAUCAGCCAAAUGAAAACCACAGCAACUAAUAUAAAACAUGACAAAAGAGGCAUUUUCUUUAAAUUAUUAAUUUUCUUCUAACAUUAAGCACUUGUGUUUUCUACUUUCUGAUAGGGCAACUUCUGUUAUUACUGGUGGCCACAGAAGACCUGAUCUGAGGAAGAACUUCUAUUUAAUUAUGAUAUUAAGUUAUCUUUUGGAGGGAUAUGAGCAGACUUGGCAUGGCUGAAUGCUUUGGGUGGGGUUUACUGGUUUUUAAUUUUUCGUAUCUUUUAACAGUUUAAGGACAACACAUCUGGAAUUUCCUACCUGAGAGUAGUAAUGGCAGACUCUAAAAUUGAUUUUAAGAAUAGGCUAGAUAAUUUCCUAAUGGACAACUCUAUACAGUGUUACGGUGGGUAAACUGUGCAUUAUAGUAAAAAAAAAAAUAGAAGAGGAAUAGACCUAACGGCUACAAAUUCAUCACAGCUAUAACUAAUCUUAAAUAUUACAGUGUAGGAAAUCACUAACAGGUUGAACUCUAUUGACAAAUUGUCCAGCUAUAUAGGAAUAGCCUGAGGUCAUGGGGCAUCUAACAAUGAUUGAGCACUUUGUGGAGAAGUGGAUUGGGUUUUUAUCUAAUCAGUUCCUCAAGUGUUUCCUGCUGAACCAUGCAACUGAACUAGUAAGUUGCAUCUUUGUCAGUGCCCAACUCUAUUUGCACAAACCUACAAGAACCUGACCAAUUAGACCAGGAGAAUCUAAACGGGGUUGGAGAGGUAGGUCUUUAUGUAAAGCUAUUUUUAAAACCUGAUAUAUGGAAAGACAUUUCAUGCUGAAUCCUACGAGACAGCAUCAGAUUACCUGCAUCACCAUUGGCUGGCUGUGUGAUCCAUGGAGAUGUGCAAGCCGGCCUCCGCAGAUCCAUCAAAUCCUGGCUUCAUAACUCUCCCAAAAAGGUGUCAGCAUGCCCCCAAAUUGUCUGGUGUGUACUUGGUGAUAUGCGGUGGGGUGAGGCAGAACCUUUCCUGUCAUACUAACAUAUGCACCAGAGUUUCCACUGUGUAAAGAAUAUGUAAAAUAAAGAAUGUUUUGAAAUAUCUUUUGUAUUCUAAUAAUUUUUAGAGUCAAAUCUCUGCAGUAAAAUUUAUGGCAGGAGAUGCAGUGCCUCACCUUGCAAUCUUUUCUGCACCGUUCCGAUCAAAACUUGCAAUUUCCAGGGUAGUUAUAUGGCAUCACAAAGGAUCCACAGUGUCUGUUAAAGGUACAUAUCCAAAUGAGCAAAAUAAGAAAAUGUGCUAGUAACAUUUUACUAGAGUUUUACUAGACAUUGCUGGAACUUUUUUCAGCAAAAUAUUUUCUGUAAGGUCUUAUUAUCCCAACCUAGAAAAUCAGUGUGAACGGUGUUUUUUUGUUCAGUAUGUAAGAUAGGUCAGACUCCUAUGUGUCUGCUUCUUUUGAAUAUUUAAGAUAAGACUGGGCCCAUCUGUACCUUGAUGCUAAUUGUAGUAGUGUUUUUCAAUCACUUAUACAGUAAAACACCUUUACUUCUGGUGGCAAAAAUUAGACACUUUAAAAUGUAAAGUUUUUUUGACAUCUAUGCUUUAAGUUCUACCCUUGACUAUCUGCUUUUUCUUCAAUAGAACAAAUUCCAGAUUCAAUUUUAUUUGUAAAUUAGCUCUGUGUAACCCAAUCAGUCUGCUCUUAACUGUGACUGAGUUGACACCUUUCAGCCAAUUACCCUACCAAUACAUUGUUUGUGUGGAGACAGCAGUUGACAAAAUUGUUUAUGGUUUUUCUUGUAUAUACAAUCCAACAUAAAUGUGUAGCAAAGCAGAUAGACAUUAUAGGAAGAGAACUCUACAAGACAUAUGUAUUUGGAUUAAUUGUUAUAUUACAGUUUCUACUGUCAUUUCCUUACAAUAAAACUUUUUUUUUUUUUUAUAUUUAUUCAACUAAUGAGUGAGACCUAGUUUGUUCAACUUUCUAUACUUAAUGUUUGGACACUUUCUGACCAUGUUUUCUGUAGAAGGAUUUUGUUCCUGAAGAGAUUUAAAAUCGCAGGUGCUCUUGCAAUCCAAUAUCAUGUCUGAGUGUAUACAUUCAAUAUCCUAGCAGUCAGGAUCCCAGUGCAUGAGAUACUUGCACCAAAAUAACAACACUUCGGAUUGCUGUUUAUUGAAGUGUUUCAGGCAUAACAUGGAUAUACAGUGCAGUAUAAUGCAAUCGGGGAUUAUAUUGCUGUUUUAUAUUAGUGUAUGGUUUGGCUGACCGAUCUCCUGACUGCCGGUUAGCUUGGACAUCAGGAUACUGGCAGGGAGGUGCGAGUGCAGCAAGCCCUUUGCGGGCUUGCUGCAGCAGGCCGGCUCUACCAUUAGGCAGCUUUAGGCGGCUGCCUAGGGGUGCCAGCUCCUGGGGGGCGCCACUGAAUUCAUCUAGCAAAAAACUGAAGGCUAACUCUGUAUGCGGCCUCCUCAUUUUACACUGCGUUGGCUGCUGCUGUGGGUCUAAUCAAGUGUAGCUACCAAUAUCAGGCUGUACCACAUAGUGUCUCAGUGCUUCCUCUGCGCCGACAUGAGUAACAAGUCAUGUGAAGACACAUAGGAUGUGGAUGUAACUAUGGCUCCCGAGGGGCACCUGCUCCUAAUAGCCCUGAUGCACCUCCUGCAGGGGGCACCGGGUUGAAGCUUUGCCUAGGGUGCAUAGAUACCUUGCACCGGCCCUGGCUUGCUGCACUCGUCAUGCUGCAGGCUCAGUGGCAACCUGUGGUCGCCACAGGUUCUAGUCUGACUCUAUGGGUUUGUGGAAAUAGUACCUGUUGGUCAGCAUGCCAACCAUCGAGAUAGUGAGGGGGUGGGAUUUUUGGAGAGGUCAUGUGACCGUCGGUCUGCUGACUGCCACUCACCUGAAUUUCUAUGAGGUAUAUAAUGGAUAAUAUACAGUAUAAUUCAUAUCAGGCAUUACAUAGGUGUGUAUUACAGUAUAGAAAGGGGGCCAAUUUAUCAAACGAUCCUUAUGUUUUUUUUUAUUAUUAAAUUUUACCAAGGAUGAUUGCAUAUUGCAAUGCAAUCUGGAUGCUAAUAUAGUACCCAGAUCUCAUUGCAAAUGCAAUCACUGCUAAAUAAGCCCCAAUAAAGACUGAGGAAGAGAAAGUAGUUUUUUUUUUUUUUUUAUCUUUUGGUUCUAGGGGGAUGGGUGCAUUCUUUCAAGCACCUUAUAGCUCUCUGAAAACAACAUGUACAAGUUUCAUUUUCAUCAUGGGGAACAAGAAAAGAAAACCCAAAUGGACUGUGACAGUGCGGAAGAAUAUGCACACAGCUGGAAUGUAUUCCAAGCAUUCUAUGCGUACACCAUUAAUAAAGGGUUUCAGGAAUUAUUUGGUGAAGACAUUGGAAGUGUGCAACAGCAAACAAGAGGUGGAAAAUGUUGCACGGUAUUUGUAUUUCAUGGACCCACAAAAAGCUUCCAUGGAGUUUGUGGAGAACAUAGAAAAAACUAAUCUCUACUUCACAAAGCUUGGAGAAACAGGUCUCUGUAGCCAAACACAAUUUAAUUAUUUAAAAAGUAUACGGAGAUUUAUACAAUAUCAGACAACAGCCACCAAUCUUGGAGCAACUGAUCCACAGCUAUUUCAAGCCUGCAGACAUUUUCUUAAAGUAAUCAAUGCAAUUCAGAAAAAACUGUGUAAAGGUGUAUCGAGGGAAAAGGUCAUCAAAAAGUACAAAAGAUUGACAAAAGAUCCAUUGCAGCCACUGGAUUGUAAUCAGCUACUAGAUGUUGCAAAACCAGAUUUCCUGAAUUGCAUCUACAGGGCUGAUAUCGGUGAUAAACUGUUGGUCAAAGAUAAGAUCUGUAUUCUGUACUAUCUAGAGGCAUUACUUAUCUUGAAACACCUCCAAAGACCUGGAGUGGUUGCUAAUAUGACUGUUGAGGAAUGGCAUGAAAGGGUUCGUCACACCUUCACAUCAGAAUGUAUUUCCGAAAUCCUUGUUAUCAUAGGAGUUAAAAACCAUAAAACUGCUGCAAAUCAAGUGGAGACGUUUGCGCUCACAGAAGAAGAAGAAAUGUGGUUCAAAACUUAUUUUGAUGUGGUACGGCCUUCAUUAGUAAAAGAAGAUAAUCCCCAAGAAGCAUUUUUUAUAUCAACAUCGGGAAAUAAAAUAUAUAAAGUUUCUAACGACCUUCGUCACUUUCAUGUAAAGCAUAGACUGCAAAAUAUUACAAGCCAGAUGGUACGGAGGGCAUGUGAAACUUGGAUUUUAUCUCGGUACUCUGAUGUUCAGAAGAGUCUCUUUGCCAAAUAUCUGGGACAUACCAACUUGACAGCAGAUCGACAUUAUAGGGAAAAGACAUUACAUAACAUAUGUCUUGGCUCAAGACUGGUCACCCAGCUUGGAUAUAAGAGUGAAGGAGUGGACACACAAAAAAGUUCAGGGGAAGAACUUCAAGACCAAUCAUUGUCACAUUGGCAUCACUGUAAAAAAGAAAGGAAAGAUCGACACUAUAAGAAGAGAGUAAAGAAUAUAAUCAGGGCAUUCCCAGCACAGCGCCCAUCAAUUGUCAAGUUAACAAAGUACAUAAAAAAAAUAAAACUGAAAUUUAGUGUAAAUGAGGUAAAACUUCUUGUGGAAACAUGGAAGCCCAGGCCAUUUCAGUGUUGGAAACACUGCAAGGAUUUGAAAAAACAUAUCCGCUUGCAGAAUUGGAAAGGGCUGAAAACUACCACAGAUAAAGAAAGUGGAAGAAAGAAAGUGAAGUCUAAGAGGGCUUUCCUUAAAGGGGAAGCAAUAUGUGACUUCCAUGGAGAACAGAUAGGUGCCAAAAAAGGCAGAAAAAUGCAAAAAAAUAAAAAGAACUGUCAUGACCUCUAUUUUUAUAAGGAUACAGAAGGCAAGUCAUGGUGUAUCAAUCCAUCCUGUACAUGCCACACUCGGACAUAUUCCAAAUUAAUGUGGAAAUCCAGUACAGAAUUUAAUGUGAUCCCAACAUACACAACCAAAUUUGGUAUUCUCCUCCUAGCUGCAGAAAACAUUCCAGCCAAUCAGAAUUUAAAAUAUUAUGUUGAAAAAUAGGUUGGCAAUAAUCAAUGUUAUCUUUUUAUUAUGAUUCUUUUUACUAUUGUUUGUCCUCAAACAAUGGACUAAUGACAGGUCAGCUCCGCUGUGUAGCUUGAAUACAUAGAAAGCUUCGAAUAGUUCAGAACAAAUAACCACUCAAUUGUUUGCAAAGUGUAUGUCUUUAUGUAUGUAAAUAAAAUUAUAUAUUCCUUA